CACGGGAAAGAGCUUGUGCUACUGCUGAGGAGAGGCUGGAGGAGCACCAUUUCUCGUCCUUCACCUCCAUCGCCACUUUGCCUGCCGUGUUGCAUGACUUGCCCUCAUUCUGCCCAAGAUCCAUACCCUCCCGCUCCUCCCACCCUGCCUUCCCUGUGCUCAUCGCCGAGACCAUCUCCUUCUCGUCAUUUCAAGGAUUACCAAGAAGGCUUGGUUUAGAAGAGACGUGGAGACCGACGAGUGAUGCUUGUAAUGUGACCUACCAGUGCUACAACACGCUCGCUGUCUCACUGCCAAUAAGCAAAUUUCAGCAUUCAAGUGUAUCAGACAUGGCGAAUGCGUACAAUGAAUAUGACAAUAAGAUAGACUAUGUGUUCAAGGUGGUACUGAUUGGAGACUCGGCAGUCGGAAAGUCACAGCUGCUUGCUAGAUUCUCUCGCAAUGAGUUUAGUCUUGAAUCUAAAGCUACAAUUGGAGUUGAAUUCCAGACGCGUACCGUUGUUGUGGACCACAAGACUAUUAAAGCCCAGAUCUGGGAUACAGCAGGACAAGAAAGGUAUAGGGCUGUCACAAGUGCCUACUACAGGGGUGCUGUUGGUGCAAUGUUGGUUUAUGACAUCACAAAACAACAGUCUUUCGAUCAUGUACAAAGGUGGCUAGAAGAACUUAGGGCACACGCAGAUGCUAACAUCGUGAUCAUGUUGAUUGGUAACAAGUCCGAUUUGAGCAACUUGCGGCAAGUGGAGACCGAUACUGCAAGGGAGUUCGCUGAGAAAGAAAGCUUAUCUUUUCUCGAGACCUCAGCCAUGGAAUCUACGAAUGUAGAGACUGCCUUUUUCACAGUUUUAUCAGAAAUAUACAAGGUCGUCAGCAAGAAAGCUCUUCUUGCAGAUGAGAAUCAAGGAAACUCCCCACUUCUUCCUGGCACGAAAAUCAAGCUUGCGGACAAAGACGAUGUAAUUGGAGCCAAGAAAGCAGGGUGUUGCUCAAGUUAAUUGUCGUGAACAUUGUCUUUUAUUUAUUCCAAGCUUAGCUUAUGUACAGUUCACAAACUAUAAGGAUAAUUUGUUUUACUGGCGUAGUUCGAUGCAGCUGUAUGAAAUGCAAUUCGGCUUCAGGAAGGCCUUUCGAGUGAGUGGCUAGUUUCUUCAAUAGCUUGAGUGAGUAGGAGCCUUGUUGGAUAGGAAGUAGUUUAGCAAGCCCAAGGGCAUUGAAGUUGGAAUGAUGGCUUUCAUUCAAGCAACCUGAAUCAGGUUCACAUCUGCGAAUGUAGCGGAACAGCGGUGUUCAACAGGCAACGAAUUCUGGUUCUCUCUCUCAGAUUCCUGGAUCAUCUUCAACAACGAUCUUUAUUUCUCACAUAUCCUAUUUGUCGAAGACACAUUUGGAUGUCUAUCUUUGGCUUUUG